AUGGCCUUCACCCAGAUUGAACAUUUCUGGCAGGCGUCUGCCCAAGUUAUGGUGGCCUGUUCUCUGCUCGCUAGGAUCCUUCGAGACGUGGAAAAUACUGAAGUUUACCGCAGCAAACUAGGUCCCUUGAUCGACUACUUACAAGAUCUACAAGAGACUGUAGCACAAAGAGCAGCGGAGAUCCCGCAGAACCGAUCUCUCGUUCGGCUCGACGUGGUCGAGGAGCGAGCCUGGACGAUUUCCUGUAUGCUCCGCGGAUUGCAUCCUGGGUACGGCUUGACCGCAAUAGAUCCAUCCAUUCGCCCUUUGUUUGCCCAGCAACUCGAGAAGAUCGAGGAGCUCUUUGACAACCUUCUACUGACUCCAGCGCAACGUCGCGGGGAAGAGCUUGGCCCCGCGCGGUACUUCCCUCACGCGCGCCUGAACUGGGUUUUCAAAAUCCAGAUGGCUAUGCUAAGUGCACCUUGGUGGUACAUUGCAAUUCUAGACAGUGGAAACAUACAGCCGAAUUAUUGUGAACCAGAGUAA